CGCGACGCCGCUGUCGCACACCGUCAAGCCAUGUCAGCAGCACCUGCCACGACGAGCAAGCUAUCAGCUUUCAUGAAUCAUCCCGCGGGUCCCAAGACCAUAUUCUUCUAUGCACCUCUCAUGAAAUGGUGUCUCGUCAUUGCUGGUCUCAAGGAUCUAUCGCGGCCUGCCGAGAAGCUGUCCAUACCUCAAAACGCAGCCUUGAUGCUCACGGGCGCAAUCUGGGUGAGGUACAGCUUGGUCAUCACCCCAGUCAACUACUCUCUAGCAGCUGUCAAUUUCUUCGUGGGCGCAACGGGCGGAUACCAGCUCUAUCGCGCAUAUGACUGGCAAAGGCAGAACCCUCAGUUGGCGAAGAUAAAGAGCUCAUGAGAUCACGUUGGGCUUCGUAUUGUUGUAGUACCGCGCUUGCAUGUAUGCCUACAAAGCAG